AUGGCACGCACUUUCACAUUAGGCCUCGUCGGUCUCAUCGCCCUCUCAUCCGCCCUCUCUAUGGUCCAUGCACAAGAAGAACAGAAACCAUUCAACGCAGACAACGACAACCUUGCCACCGACGAUGCAACUUUCCAGCUCGCAGAGUUCAAGGCUACAUCGAUCAAAGCACCUUUCCUGGAGCAGUUUGCCACCAGUUGGUCUGACCGCUGGACAGCUAGCGAGGCAACUAAAGAAUCCAACGCAGAAGGCGAAGUGUUUAGCUAUGUCGGACAGUGGUCAGUAGAGGAGCCUUCUGUCUAUCCAGGAUUGAAGAAUGAUCUCGGAUUGGUGGCAAAAUCAGCAGCCACCCACCACGCCAUCUCCGCUUCAUUGCCCGAGGUCGUCGAUAACAAGGGCAAGACCCUCGUCGUCCAGUAUGAAGUCAAGGCUCAGGAUGGUUUGGAGUGCGGAGGCGCAUACAUGAAGCUGUUGACAGAGUCUCCUCAGGGCAUCAAGUUCAAGGAGUUCUCGAACGAGACCCCUUACACCAUCAUGUUCGGACCUGACAAGUGUGGAGCAACGGACAAGAUCCACUUCAUCUUUCGACACAAGAACCCUGUCACUGGAGUCCAUGAGGAGAAACAUCUCCAGUCAGCGCCCCUCUCGAAAUUGAGCAAGCGGACCACCCUCUACACCCUCAUCGUGAACCCUGAUCAGACAUUCGAGAUUAAGGUCAAUGGAGAAUCUGCCACCUCGGGAUCUUUGCUUGAGAACUUUCAGCCGCCCGUCAACCCUCCCAAAGUGAUCGAAGACGCAACCGACAGCAAACCUGCCAAUUGGGUCGAGGAGGCUCGCAUCCCUGACGCCAAGGCAACCAAGCCUGAGGACUGGGACGAGGACGCACCCGCCACCAUCUUGGAUGAGAAGGCUACCAAGCCUGCAGACUGGCUCGAGCAUGAGGCCACAGAGAUCCCCGACCCUGAGGCUAUCAAACCCGAAGACUGGGACGAUGAGGAGGACGGCGACUGGGUUCCUGUAUCGGUCCCUAACCCCAAAUGUGUGAGCAAUGGAUGUGGUCCUUGGGUCCGUCCUCGUAUCUCCAACCCAGCUUACAAGGGCAAAUGGUCUGCCCCUUUGAUCGACAACCCCGACUACAAGGGCGUGUGGGCACCUCGCAAGAUUCCUAACCCUGACUUCUUUGAGGACUUGUCGCCUUCCAACUUUGAGAAGAUUGGUGCUGUCGGUUUCGAAAUUUGGACGAUGCAGAAAGAUAUUCUCUUUGAUAACAUCUACAUUGGUCACUCUACCGCCGAUGCCGAGUCAUUGGCUGCCGAAACCUGGGAGAUCAAGUACAAGGCUGAAAAGGAGCAGGAAGAGUUGGCCCACCCUACCCCCAAGUCUGAGGAGGAUACUUCGAAGGCUGACGAGAGCUUCGUCCAGUUCAUGAUGAGACAGUUUCGAGAGUUCAUUAAUGUGGCUCGUGAGGAUCCCAUGCAGGCCAUGACCGCAUAUCCUCUCGUUCUGUCUUGCCUUGCUGGUGUCGUUGGUGUUUCGUUCGGUCUGAUGUUGAUCAUCACGGGCCUGAUGCACGGCGACCCCGAGGCGCAGCAGGCGCGCGAUGCUGCUGCUAAGGCUAAGAAGACCGAUGCAGCGACUGCCGAUGACAAAGCUGAGGAUAUCUCCAAGGUUGACGCUGAUGAGGAGGACGAUAAAGAGUUCAAGGAGGAGCUCGUCGUCCGGAAGCGCGCCGUCGCUGCUGCUGCCUCCUCGUCUGACAAGUAA